UUUCGUCCUAAGGCAGUAUGGCUAGCGGUUUAGUCCGACGUGGCGCUUUGACUUGUCGUACGUGGCGCUUUGACCGCUGAGUCAGCACGGCCGUUGGGGAAUAAAGGCUUCUCGCGCAUUCGGCGCCAAUCCUCUCACAUUUCAGAAACCCUAGCUUUUCGGCGUGUAGGUUGCAGCGAUUCAGACGGCGGCGGCGUCGUGAUUCGGACGGCGGAGGAGCGGCGAUGGGAAGCUCAAGGAGUGAGGGGUCGUCGUCGUCUUCGGCCAGGCAACCGUAUGGCUCGCCUAUUCCCUAUCGCGUUGGUCCGUUCGAGUACGAACCAGCGGUGCUGUGUCGGUGCGAACUGAAGGCGGCGAGGUGGAUAUCUUGGAGCGUCGACAACCCUGGUCGUCGGUAUUUCAAGUGCCGCAAUGCUCGGAAAGGGGGCUGCGAUUUUUAUGCUUGGCAUGAUGGCCCGACAAGCAGCUUUCUGAGGGAGGUGUUGAAUGAUUUGCGAGGUGCUGUGCAUUCUCUAAGGAGGGAGAAGGCAGAUGCAGUGAAGGAGGUUGAGGAACUUCGUGUGAAGUCUGAAGAGCAAUGCAGGGAGUUUGCUUCAGUUGGGAGGGAGUUGGCUUCAGUGAGGGAGUUGGUUAGUGAGUUGGAUGUGAAAAAUGCUGUUUUAAUUGAUAGCAAAUGUAGGUUAGAGAAGGAGCGAACUGUGCUCAUUUGGUGCAUCCUGUCAUGUAUGUGUGUUGUUAUUCUAUUAGUGCUGGGCAAGAACUGAUAUUGUGUGGGCAUGGCCUCAAUGUUUGAUGGAAAAAAAAUGUGUGGCAGAACUGUGAGGUGCAAAAAUUUAUCAAUGAAAUGUGAAGUUCUGAAUGUCU